AUGGUAGAAACCACCACCACCCCUGUCGAAAGUCCAGAUCUAUGGCGUUGGAGUUCAAGUCUAUGUCGGAAACCAUUGUCACUACCACAACUCAAUGUCGUAAGUUUAGAUCUAUGCCGAAAACGAUCGCCACUACCACAGCUCAAUGCCGUCUCCAACACCUUCGUCGUUGGAGUUCAGAUCUACGUCAAGAACUCUGACGGUGCUGUCGUUGGUGUUGGUUUGGAUGGUCCGAAGAAAAGGGAGAUCUCCGGUGAAUAG